CAUGCCGUCGCGGGGCGCAGGUCAGUCUGUCAGACAACUGCGUCUGUUACUCGGUUAGAAAUAUCCGCGUCGAUCCUCUGUCCGCGCGUUAGCGGCUUAACGUUUUCAUUACAUACUCGGGUGUUACAUUGUUAGUACGUGGAUUUUUUUUUGCCAUCGGUAAGGCAACAGUGGAACAAGUGGAGCGCCAUUGGGGAUAAUUUUGUGAUCGACGUGAUUUCAUGAGAUGAGCGAAUGAGUUUCGAGUGAUAGUGCGGAAAAUUGUUCACAUUACUUGCGAGCUUUCGGCUGUCCAGGAUCAGCGGAUUGCAUCUGGCUCGGGUCUCUUCGUCCGGCGAUGAUCCUGUGAUCCAGAAAUAUCACGACUAUCGGCGCCCGGUGGGACUCGAACCCGCGUUCACCGUGCGCCAGUUCCUCCGUGAGCGCAGCCACUGGCCGUUCCGUUAUCCGAAAUUAAUUUAAAAAUAAAAACGAGUGCGGAAGAUCUGAGGACGUGGGUAUAGGUGAUGUUGCUGGAGUCGCGAGGUAUCACUGGAAGGAAGAGAAACGGACUUACCCUGACGACAUACGGGGGUGGUGGUGGUGGUGGUAUUGUCGGCGGCGGAGGAGCCGGCAGUGAGGAGGACGAGGAGGAGACAUCACGGGGUUAUUUGGAUGGUGAUAAAAUGCCGAGAUGCGGUGUCGAUGCAGGAUCAACAACUGGUGUUGCAUUACCCACUGGAAUAUCCGGUUGUGGAAGAGACGACGGAGACGACAGCUCCAGCCCAUCACCCAACAAUAGUUUGAUCAAUAAUAACAAUAAUAAUUGCAAUUCGAAUAGGGGUUGUGCUACGGAUUUUAGUAUAGCGGCGAUUAUGGCGAGGGACAGCCGUCAGCAGGGGAUUCCGGUGAGCCAGCCGACGUCGCAGCAGCCACAUCACAGACAUCUUCAGCAACAGGCCGUCGGCGGCGGUAAACUACAUCAACAUGAGAGGGAAGCAAGCGGAUCGGGGGUGACGCGGGUGCCAUCGGCUUCCCAGGACUCCGUGGAUAUAGAAGACAUUGAGACUGACGACACCGGCAGCACCAGUGGCAAAGCGCCCUCGCCGACGACGAAUCCACUGCUCCAGGAACACUCGAACUGCGAGGAACUCAGGCACGUGGUGUGCCACCUCGAGACGAAGGACCUGUGGGAUAAAUUUAAUGAGCUCGGUACUGAGAUGAUCAUCACGAAAACUGGACGGAGGAUGUUUCCGACCUGUCGGGUGUCAUUCAACGGACUGAGGCCAGAGGGUCGCUACUCGGUGCUGAUGGACAUUGUCCCUGUGGACAAGAAGCGGUACCGAUACGCCUACCACAGGAGCUCGUGGCUGGUAGCGGGCAAGGCCGAUCCCCCGACCACUCCGAGACUCUAUGUUCACCCUGACUCACCCUUCACCGGCGAGCAGCUGAGGAAGCAGAUUGUCUCCUUCGAGAAGGUGAAAUUAACGAACAACGAGAUGGACCGACACGGACAUCUGGUAUUGAACUCAAUGCACAAGUACCAACCUCGCAUACAUCUGGUUAAAAGACUGGAAUCAGGCGCCAAGGACCCGAUCGAGGAUCUUGAGCGCGAGCCACACAAGACCUUCGUAUUCCCGGAGGCCAUUUUCACCGCCGUCACCGCCUAUCAGAAUCAGCUUAUAACGAAACUCAAGAUCGACAGUAAUCCCUUCGCCAAGGGCUUCAGGGAUUCCUCCAGGCUCACGGAUUUUGAAAGUUAUCCUUUCAGGGAGACAAUGGAGUCGAUGUUGGCAGACCAGCAGUCGAUGAGGUUCCCCCAUCGGUUCCCCUUCGAGAUGGAUCAGCUCCAGGGUGCUGCCAGCAACCUCACGCUGGAGGAGAAGGCCCUCUGGGCAGCAAGAUCCCAAAUCCUAUUGCGAGCAGCAGCGGCAGCAGCAGCAGCAGGCCCCUACGCCCAGUUAGUCAGUCCAGCUCUGGUGUAUCCAGGGGGUCCAGCUGCUGGUACGAGUCAUCAGCAGGCGCAGCAUCAGCAACAACAGGCCCAGCAGCAACAGCAGCAGCUGGGCCACCUCUGGUGGGCGUCGUCUCUGGGUCCAACUCUCUUCGCAGCAGCUCAUCAUCAGCAGCAACUAGCUGCCUCGAGUUCCCAGCAGAGUCCACCGGGCCCAGCAGCCCCAAGGCCCAUCUAUCCGUCUGCCCUGGCCCUAUCCCAUCACCGUUUCUCGCCCUAUCCAACAAUGGCCGGGCGAAAACCCGUUGCACCAGCCGUACCAUCACCACCAUCAUCAUCACGACGUGCAACACCAUCACCCACUGACAGCCUCUACCGCGAAGCGCAGGAUCUGUCGCCCUCGUAGUCGUUGAAAAUAGAUUAUUUUUUACCGUAAAACAUUCCUCUGAGGAAUAUCUCGGGGUGAAAAGUGAGAGAUGAUCGAAUACUGGAGAAUUCUCUCGACACCUCUGUGUAUCAUAAGCUGUACAUUUCUUUAAUUAUUAACGAUCAUAUCGGAUUAUUGUUAUUCGUUAUUUAUGUUCUUUGUCAUAUUUCCUUUGCGACUGCUGCAUAUCUGUUAAAUUAUAAAUUCACAAAUGGCAAUCGAGGAUUGAGAAUGUGACUGUUCAGUUUAAUUGGCUAAUUGAUUUAUUUAAAACAUUGAAACUGAUUAUCACAGCUAUGAAGAGAAAUAGUGCUAGAGUAAAGACGUUAUUAUAUACAUAUUGUUAAAACAAAAAAUGAGAAUGAUAAAGAUGAUGCUUGUGUUUUGAAAAUGCAUUAUAUCCAUUCAAUCGCUGUGCAAGCUGCUCCCCUUGUAAAUAAAUUCCCCCCGAAGGAAAUAAAGAACGAGGAAAAAGGAUAAGCAAAGGCCAGUUUUUU